AUACAUGAUGGUAAUAACAAUUGUAUACAUUGAUUGCAUGUACAGCUUACUACUAAGAAAUAUACAUCGCCUCAAGACUAUUUCAAAAUGCGAAAUGUUAUGUUUAUGGGGAGGGGAGAUAGCCUACGUCCAUCAUAACACUGUGUCUUCAGACCAUUUAAAACAAACAAAAAAACAGUGAUCUUCAUUAUUUUCACCACUUCAAUUAAUCUCCAUUGGUGUACAGCUUCCUUUCGCGCCUGCGGGACACGCUCGGCUCCACUUCCACAUUACACAGAAACCAUGUUCGGAGGUCAUUAAACUGUCACGGUAGGUGAUUAUGCUGCGGUCUCCAAAAGGUAAUAAACUAUGAUGUCUCAACUAAUCAAGUACCGAGAUAGUAAAGCAUGCAAGUAACAGCACAGAAAAGCCCAUCAACGUUUGCCUUGUGCCAUUCGAAGCCGAUUAGAAAAGGUAUGGAUCUGGUUUCUCUCCUGCGUGUUGAGGUGGAACUCGGGAUGAGACAUUCUAUGUUAGAUCAUUCAGGGAUGACGACGUCUAGGCUAAUAUACCUGUUCUAAGUCCCAUAAGGUUACAAAGAAUUGCAUUGAUUCCUACCUUAUUUAAUGUAUCUAAACAAAUACAUAAAUCCCUAUGUAGCCUUUACAAACAAAAAUGUGUCAAAUCCAUCAUGCAGAAGACAUGGCCCAUAGGUAUCUUACCUACAUUCCUGAUGUCCAUAUAGAAGUAACCUUAAAAUAUUUCGUUUUCAUAUGAAAGCCUUGGUUUAAAAUCCAAUAUUAAAAGGCAUUUCAUAUAUUUCAUAUCUACCAACUGUCUCUGUGCUUCUCGCUUGGUCCACUGCUGGAAAAUGAUUAUCCGGCUGGGUUGUGCACUUUUUAAAUCCCCCAAAGUAAAUAACAAGCCUGGCAAUAAUAGCAAGGUACCAAGUUCUUGUUAUAGAAAGGGAGAACAUUGAAACUAAACGCUGCAUUUAGACAACCAUUUUUGAUAAGAGGAUAAUUGAGGCGAUACUGGCGUAUAAUUAGGGGAUAAUUUAUGCUAUAUUCAGUUUUAUUCCACCUUCCCAAAACAAACCCAGUCCAUAAUCAUUACAGGCGAAAUGUUCUUAAUUUUAAAGCUCCAAUUUAAAUAAAGUGUGGUGGUUAAUCAAAGAGGUUUUAGUUAUAACUGAUUGUGACCAUAAUUGCUUUUUCAUCACAAUUUUGAAAUAAAUUAAUCCCACACUAUGAAGAAAAAAAACGCGUUGACAAUGUUUUUUUAACGACAGGUUUUAUGAAAGUAGAAUUGGGAGAUGUAUUAUUGCAUUUGCAUUGAUAGUUUAUAUUGCAACAGAAUUUGCCAAACCGCACUGUAUAAUUUGCAUAUAUUUACGACUGUAGGCUAUCACGCAUCUUAUUUCAAAAGGGAUAAAUGAUACUGUCAGUUUACCACGACAUCCAUCCUUCCUAUCUGCAAUACAGUGUUUUGUCAUCUUGUUGAUUCGUCGCAAUGCAAUUGUUCUUCGAAUAACCUAAUGAUUACGACGGUAUAGAAAUGGUGUAAGUAUAUUUCCAGGGUGAUGAUAUGGUGUGUUCAAAUGAUAUUAGUUCGUUAGGCUAAAUCAAAUUGUUGUGGGAUACGUUUUGCGUAAUUUGGGGUUGAGAAUGAAUCCUAAAACAAAUUGACUAUUCCAAAGGGCUGUCAUAAUUAUUAUACCUUGCGUUUGACUAUAUUCUCCGUAUGAAUUAUGAGGUUCUCCCACCAUAGUUGUGGCUGUAGUGGGAGCUGGUAAGGUGGGUUAACUCACACUGAAGAAUAGUGAAGCACACAACUGAUGACGUUGGGUUGAAUGACCAAUCGGAAGGCGUUGCCCUUUGGAGACAAACCAUUUUACUUGUAGUGUCUGCAUCAAGUCUGGAAGCAAGGAUUCAAUUUUAACAGAAUCCACCUUAAAUCUCUGCAUUAACUUAUGCCCAACUUGCGCCAUACCAAGUAAGAAUACCAGAGGAUAAAAAAAAUCGAAGUAACUGAGUAAUUCGGGUCUUAAUAGGACAAUAUCUGUUCGCCGAGGAGAGAGACAACAACACAGCGAGAGAAUCCAUUUGGACUUGAGAGAGGGGGCGAGUGCUCUCAAGGCAGAACAUUUGAUGAUGACCAUGACUACGAUGGCUAACGGUCUGGAGGCUCAGGACUCGUCCAAAUCGGCUUUCAUGGAGUUUGGUCAGCAGUCUCACUCACAACAGAGCUCUCCGUCGAUGGCUGCCAGCCACUACCCGCUGCACUGUCUCCAUUCCGGGUCGCACCCAGCUCACCAUCAGCACGAUAACUCUCCGUACUCCGGCAACAAUUCUUACAACAGGUCGCUACCGUACUCCUACGUGAGCCACCCCCACCACAGCCCGUACCUGCCGUCCUACCACAAUAACACCACUGGCGGUCAGACAAGGUUAGACGGCACAGAGCAGCAGAAAACCACAGUGAUUGAAAACGGAGAAAUUCGUUUCAACGGGAAAGGCAAGAAGAUUCGCAAACCUCGGACGAUUUAUUCUAGUUUGCAGCUUCAAGCUUUAAAUCACCGUUUUCAGCAAACACAGUACCUCGCCCUGCCAGAACGCGCUGAGCUGGCUGCUUCUCUCGGACUAACACAGACACAGGUAAAGAUAUGGUUCCAGAAUAAAAGGUCAAAGUUCAAGAAGCUGCUGAAGGCAGGUGGCAACCCGCACGAGAGCGACCCUACUAUGCCUGGUUCCAUCGGCCUGUCUCCCCGCUCUCCAGCAAUUCCUCCAAUAUGGGACGUGUCAGCGUCCAGCAAAGGGGUUAACAUGGCGGCCAACGGCUACAUGCCCGGGUAUUCUCACUGGUACUCCUCCCCACAUCAAGAGACAAUGCAGAGAUAGACUGCGUAAAGGGCGGGAAGGCCCGAGGUCUGACUCAAGACGUUCGAACCUUCAUAGUUUUACCUGCACAAUUGAUUUCCGUCAGCCUCGAGACAAAAGGGGUGUCCCGUUCGAACAGAGAGAUUCAUUGGAGACAGGGUCGGCUGCUUUUGAUGGAUACUUGAGGGCAAAGACUGUGAUAUGACACACCCUAAAGGAACGAAGCGUAUUAAUUUACCAAUGACUGUUCAGUGGGAUUGCCUUUGUUGCUUUCAUUCAUGUCAACAUUUGACUGUCAAUAUACCAAAAAUAUCACUGACAUUCAGCCCGUCACUUGGGCACAGAAUGGACAACACUCACGCGUUUUUUGCGGGUUGAACAUGAUGCCAUGAUAUAUUGUUGAAAUCUUAACUGCUCUUUGACUGUUGUUUUUUUCAUGCAAAACAAAGCAAUCUGUCUGUCUGUAAAUAUAUUCUUCGAUUUUAGUUGUACAUCCACUUUUAUGUUUUGUCUUUCAUAAAUGGAUUAAUCCAUGACUUAAAACAAAGUAUCGUGUUUUGUACUGCAAUAUGAAGAUGGUUGAUAUAUGUAAAAAUGACUGAUGAAUCGUUCCUUGUCAAGAUGUCAUGUGGACGUUCUAAAAUGUACGUCCCAUAUGGUUUUUCAUGAAAAAGUUACAGGCUAUUCGUCAUAACAUUAUGUUUCCUCUUUAUAAAAUAGACAUUGUCAAUGCACUGCAAACGAACAAAAUUGUCAAUAUAUAUUAAACAACACCAGAGGAAAUGAA